AUGACUUCACCGUAUGCGAGUGAUUCAACGUGGAAGCCUGAAAUUGAUUUGUCAAAACCAAGAUAUGACCAAUCAACUUAUAUAGGUCGAGUUAGACAUUUUGUUGACAUUACUGAUCCGAGGACUUUAUUUGUGACCCGUAAGGGUCUUGAACAGGCCAAGAACCUGAUCAACGACUAUAACGCCGGUUUAAUCCGUACCGUGGAUCCAGAAAAACUAUGGAAAGCAAAAAAAAUUGUGAAUUCUACCAUUCAUCCUGACACCGGAGAGCCUGUAUUUCUUCCAUUUCGCAUGUCAUGUUUUGUGCCCACCAAUCUUGUCGUAGUAGCUGGAAUGCUUACGCCUAAUCCAAGUAUCAAGUCAAUUAUAUUUUGGCAAUGGGCGAAUCAAAGCGUUAACGUGGCCAUAAAUUACGCAAAUGCAAACAAAACCACGAAAAUGGAUUUUAAGGAGACUGCCACUGCCUAUAUUUCCGCGGUUACCGCAUCUUGUGGGAUAGCAGUUGGUCUAUCGCAGACUGUCCCUCGAUUAAAAUCUCUUAGUCCUUCAAUGAAGCAAGUGCUGUCUAGGCUUGUCCCGUUUGCUGCUGUCGCAGGCGCCGGGACAGUAAACGUGUACUUGAUGAGAUGGAAAGAAAUCAAAGAUGGUAUCGAUGUAUACGAUGAUGAUGGAAGAAAUUUGGGGAAGUCAAGUAAAGCUGGAGCAUCCGCUGUUGCCAUCUCCCGGGUGCUAACAGCUCUUCCGGCGUUGACCAUUCCUCCUUUGUUACUUUCGCGACUUGAGAAGACACGAUGGAUAAAAAGAAAUCCUAAAUUACUUCUGCCAAUAAAUUUUGGCUUAAUUACUAUUUCACUUAUGACUGCCCUCCCUCUGGCAAUUGGUGCAUUCCCGCAGAGAGCGGAAGUAAAUCCGCUAACAUUAGAAAAAAGGUUUUGGGACAUUCGCGAUGAGAAUGGACGUGUUAUAGAUAAAGUGUAUUACAACAAAGGAUUCAUGCGUAAAUCAUCUAUACUUAUAGUUGGUAUGCGAGGCCUCAGUAAUGAAGUGUGCAAGAACUUGGUGUUGGCCGGGGUUGGUGCUGUCACUCUGCUUGAUCAUAAAAUCGUCAGGGAAGAAGACCUGGGAGCACAAUUUUUUGUUAACAAAGAUGAUAUCGGAAAGAACAGGGCGGUUGCUUCUGUUGACAAGAUGAGGCAGCUUAACCCUAGAGUCUCAAUCGAAGCAGACACUGAUGAUGUUAAAGAUAAGCCAGAGGAAUACUUUGAGAAAUUUGAUCUCGUAUGUCUAACUGACUGUGAUUUAGAGACAAUGAUACGCGUGAAUAAAAUCUGUCAUUCGUAUAAAAAGAAGUUUUACUCAGCGGCGGUAUAUGGUUUCUAUGGAUAUAUAUUUACAGAUCUUAGUAAACAUAACUUCACGGUGAAGGGUCAAGAAAAAGAGGAGGAGUUUGUAGACAUGGAGACAGCUUUGAAGAAGUCUGAUUGGUCAUCUUUAUCUAUUAAAAAGUUGAAGAGGAUCUCGCCUUUGUUAUGGGCUUUACAAGUUUUGUGGAAGUUUGAGCAGGAAGAGAACAGACUUCCCAAUAAGUCAGAAUCAGAUUUUGCAAAGCUAAAAGUGAUAAGAGACUCGGUGUCAGUUUUGAUUAAGCUUCAGCCAUCUAUGAUACCAAAUGAAAUUCUCAAUUCACUAGCAUUAGCAGAAACAGAAUUGUCUCCUGUGUGUGCAAUUAUGGGUGGUAUAUUAGCUCAAGAUAUCUUGUAUGCAAUUUCCCAUCAAGGCAUGCCCAUAAAUAACUUUUUUGUUUUUAAUGCUCAUGAGAAUUCAGGGCUUAUCUACAAAGUGAUGACAG